AUGUCUUCCUUCUCACGGGUUCUGCGCCCUGCCCUCCGGGGCUCAAGGGGUCUUGCCCAGACUGUCGCUACAUCUAGCCGCGUUGCUCGACCCGCCGUCGUUCGCAGCGUAAAUAUCGCUCGCCCUCUAUCCACCACUUCUGCCCUCCGCUCCGAAACCAUUGAUAUCACGGACAUCCCUCCCACCCCCAUCAGCCACCUCUCCGAGGUUGAGGCCGCCAUGGCCGAGUCUGUCAACAAGUUCGCCAACGAGGUCAUCCUCCCCAAGGCUCGCGACAUGGACGAGGCCGAGGAGAUGGACCCCACCAUUGUGCAGCAGCUCUUUGAGCAGGGCCUCAUGGGCGUCGAGAUCCCCGAGGAGUACGGCGGCGCCGGCAUGAACUUCACCUCUGCCAUCAUCGGCAUUGAGGAGCUCGCCCGCGCUGACCCCAGCGUCAGUGUCAUGGUGGACGUCCACAACACGCUCUGCAACACUGCCAUCAUCAACUACGGCUCCGAGGCCCUCAAGAAGAAGUGGUUGCCCAAGCUGGCCACCAACACUGUCGCAUCCUUCUGCUUGUCCGAGCCUGUCUCCGGCUCCGAUGCCUUCGCCAUGGCCACUCGCGCCGAAGAGACGGCCGACGGCUUCAAGAUCAACGGCGGCAAGAUGUGGAUCACCAACUCCAAGGAGGCCGAGUUCUUCAUCGUCUUCGCCAACCUCGACCCCAGCAAGGGCUACCGUGGUAUCACCGCCUUUGUCGUGGAGAAGAACACCCCCGGAUUCUCCAUCGCCAAGAAGGAGAAGAAGCUCGGUAUCCGCGCCAGCAGCACCUGCGUCCUCAACUUUGACGACGUCCUCAUCCCUAAGGAGAACCUGCUCGGCGAGCGUGGUCAGGGCUACAAAUACGCCAUCAGCCUCCUCAACGAAGGCCGCAUCGGUAUUGCCGCCCAAAUGACCGGUCUGGCAUUGGGAUCCUUCGAAAACGCAGUCAAGUACGUCUGGAACGACCGCAAGCAGUUCGGUUCCCUGGUCGGUGAAUUCCAGGGCAUGCAGCACCAGAUUGCUCAGUCGUACACCGAAAUCGCUGCCGCCCGCGCCCUCGUCUACAACGCCGCCCGCAAGAAGGAGGCAGGCGAGGAUUUCGUCAGAGACGCUGCCAUGGCCAAGCUGUACGCUUCCCAGGUCGCCGGUCGUGUUUCUGGCCUGGCAGUUGAGUGGAUGGGUGGUAUGGGUUUCGUUCGUGAGGGCCUGGCUGAGAAGUUUUGGCGUGACAGCAAGAUCGGUGCCAUCUAUGAAGGCACCAGCAACAUUCAGCUCAACACUAUUGCCAAGUUGUUGCAAAAGGAGUACACCAACUAA